AUGGCUGAGAAAAGCACUUUUCUAUUUUCCCUUCUUUUUUCUCUGCUCUUCAUUUGUAUAGCAGUUUCUGUUAAUGCACAUGGAGCAUAUUUAGAGGAAAAGAAUGACUGGGUUUCUGGCCCCCAUUUGGUGAAAAAGGAAGAAAGAAAAUCCAUUGUUUCUACUGAAGAUGGAGAGAUUUCAUCUGUUUGGAUUCCCAGUAGGCCGUAUCAUCUUCAAUUCAUUACACUGGAACCAAAUUCUCUGUUACUUCCUGUACUUUUGCAUACAGAUAUGGUUUUCUAUGUCCACACAGGGAGUGGGGAUUUGAGCUGGACGGAUAAAGAUGAACUUAAGCACGCAGAUUUAAGGCGUGGAGAUGUCUACAGAUUGCACCCAGGAACUGUUUUCUUCAUCCAAAGCAGCUUGGAAACUGAACGCUCAAAGCUACGGAUUCAUGCCAUUUUUAUGGGUUCAGAUGAUUUUCCCGGACAAACAACUGAAGCUUAUUCUAGCAUUCGAGAUUUGGUUCUUGGCUUUGAUAAGAAAGUUCUACAAGCAGCGUUUCAGGUUCCCGAGGAAGUGAUAUAUGAGAUGCUAAAUGGGACAAAGCCACCAGCUAUUGUACAUGGUUUUUCAAGAACAAAGAGAACAGCAUGGGAAAUGGAGGCUCAAUUCAUAAGAGACCUUAUCGGAAGCAGAGGUUACAAUAUAUUUGAAUCGAACAGGAAGAAACGGAAGACAACGAAAUUAUUCAACAUUUUCAGUGAAGACAAAGAUUUCAAGAAUUGCAACGGGUGGAGCACAACAGUAACCAGGAAAAAACUGUCUGCAUUAAAGGGUUCAGAAAUUAGUGUAUUCAUGGUGAACUUGACGGCUGGAUCGAUGAUGGGGCCUCACUGGAACCCAAGGGCUACAGAAAUUGCAGUAGUCCUGCAAGGUCAGGGAAUGAUUCGGGUUGUUUGUUCUAGUAUUUCAAGUGAAACCGAGUGCAAAAACGCUAGGUUGAAGGUUGAAGAAGGUGAUGUAUUUGCUGUUCCAAGAUUCCAUCCGAUGGCUCAAAUGGCUUUCAACAAUGGUACAUUUGUUUUCAUGGGAUUUAGUACGUCGGCAAAGAAGAACCAUCCUCAAUUUUUAGCAGGAAAGGCUUCGGUCCUCCGGACUCUAGACAAAGAGGCGUUGGCUGCAUCAUUUAACAUUGACAAUACUACUUUGGAUCGGCUUUUGGCUCCACAACGUGAAUCAGUUAUCUUGGAUUGUACAUCAUGUGCCGAGGAAGAAUUGAGGUUGUUGAUGGAAGAGAUAGAAAAGGAAAAGGAAGCGGAGAGGAAAAGGGAACAGGAGGAAGCAAGGAAAGAGGCAGAAGAAAAGAGGAGGAAGCAGGAGGAAGCUAGAAAGAGAGAGGAGGAAAAAGCUAGGAAGGAGGAAGAAGAGAGGAGAAAACGAGAAGAGGAAGAGGAAGCUAGAAAGAGAGAGGAGGAAAAAGCUAGGAAGGAGGAAGAAGAGAGGAGAAAACGGGAAGAGGAAGAAGCAAAGAGGAGAGCGGAGGAAGAAGCGAGAAAACGACAGGAAGAGGAGGCUAAGAGGAGAGAACAAGAGCAAGAGGAAGCUAGGAAGAGAGAAGAGGAGGAAGCAAAGAGAAGAGCGGAGGAAGAAGCGAGAAAACGACAGGAAGAGGAGGCUAAGAGGAGAGAACAAGAGCAAGAGGAAGCUAGGAAGAGAGAAGAGGAGGCCGCUAGGAAAGAGGAAGAAGAAAGGAGGAAACGCGAAGAAGCAGCAGCAGCAGCAAAAAGAAGGGAAGAGGAAGAAGCGAGACAACAAGAAGAGGCGAAGAAGAGAGAGCAAGAGCAAGCGGCAAAAGAAGAGGAAGAAGCGAGAAGGAGAGAAGAAGAGCAACAAGAAGCCCAAAGGAGAGAGGAGGAAGCAGCCAGGUGGAGACAGCAACAAGAAGAAGAAGCCAAAAGGAGAGCGGAGGAGGAAGCUAGGAAGAGGCAGGAAGAGCAAGAAGGGCAAGCGGCAAAAGAAGAGGAAGAAGCGAGAAGGAGAGAAGAAGAGCAACAAGAAGCCCAAAGGAGAGAGAAGGAAGCAGCCAGAUGGAGACAGCAACAAGAAGAAGCCAAAAGGAGAGCGGAGGAGGAAGCUAGGAAGAGACAGGAAGAGCAAGAAAGGCCGCAACCUGGGAGGGGCGAGGAAGAGCAGGCAGCGGAGCAAGAAAGAAAACGACAGGAGGCACAAAGGGAAGAGGAAGCAGCAAGGCAACGAGGAGGAGGCGGCCAACAAGUAUAUGCAUAA